UCCCGGAGAGACCACGCUUUCCCCAACGGCUCCGCCUUCCCGCCGGAGCCAAACCCUUCCCAGCGUGCCCGGCGAUUCCGGCGUGCGCAGACCUGGGAGGGCAAGGCCCCAGGGCCUGGCGGAGGGGCGCGAGGAGCAGGCUGGGAAUUGUAGUUCCCGAGCCCACGAGGGCGACUGGAGGCUGGCCGCCGGCCGGACUCAUUGUCCCAGUGUGCCCUGCGCCUCAGCCCGCGCGCUCGCAGCUUCUCGCUCUCUCCGCCCGCCCUCCUGCUCCCUUGCUUGCUCGCGCUUUCCUCGCGGAUCGAAGAGACUCUGCCUACAGCUUGUGGCUGGGAAGGGAGACGGAGGCCGCAGCUCAGGGAAAGUGAAGCUGCAGUAGUGGUGGUAGGAAGAUGUCGGGCGAAGACGAGCAGCAGGAGCAAACUAUCGCCGAGGACCUGGUCGUGACCAAGUAUAAGAUGGGGGGCGACAUCGCCAACCGGGUACUUCGAUCUUUGGUGGAAGCUUCCAGCUCAGGUGUGUCAGUGCUGAGCCUGUGCGAGAAAGGUGAUGCCAUGAUUAUGGAAGAGACGGGGAAAAUCUUCAAGAAAGAAAAGGAAAUGAAGAAAGGUAUUGCCUUCCCUACCAGCGUUUCGGUAAACAACUGUGUAUGCCACUUCUCCCCUCUGAAGAGUGACCAGGACUACACACUCAAGGAGGGCGACUUGGUAAAAAUUGACCUUGGGGUCCACGUGGAUGGCUUCAUUGCUAAUGUGGCUCACACUUUUGUAAUUGGUGUAGCUCAGGGGACCCACGUAACAGGUCGGAAAGCAGAUGUCAUUAAGGCAGCUCAUCUUUGUGCCGAAGCCGCCUUACGACUGGUCAAGCCUGGAAACCAGAACACACAAGUGACAGAAGCCUGGAACAAAGUUGCUCACUCAUUUAAUUGCACGCCAAUAGAAGGUAUGCUCUCACACCAACUGAAGCAGCAUGUGAUCGAUGGAGAGAAAACCAUUAUCCAGAAUCCUACAGACCAGCAGAAGAAGGACCAUGAAAAGGCUGAAUUUGAGGUACAUGAAGUUUAUGCUGUGGAUGUCCUCGUGAGCUCAGGAGAAGGCAAGGCCAAAGAUGCAGGACAGAGAACCACCAUUUACAAGCGCGACCCCUCUAAACAAUACGGCCUGAAAAUGAAAACUUCACGUGCCUUUUUCAGUGAGGUGGAGAGACGUUUUGAUGCCAUGCCCUUUACUUUGAGAGCAUUUGAAGAUGAGAAGAAGGCUCGAAUGGGUGUGGUAGAGUGUGCCAAACAUGAGUUACUACAACCAUUUAAUGUUCUCUAUGAGAAGGAGGGUGAAUUUGUUGCCCAGUUUAAAUUUACAGUCCUCCUCAUGCCCAAUGGCCCCAUGAGGAUAACCAGUGGUCCCUUUGAGCCUGAACUCUACAAGUCUGAGAUGGAAGUCCAGGAUGCAGAGCUAAAGGCUCUUCUCCAGAGUUCUGCAAGUCGAAAAACCCAGAAAAAGAAGAAAAAGAAGGCCUCCAAGACUGCAGAAAAUGCCACCAGUGGAGAAACAUUAGAAGAGAAUGAAGCUGGGGACUGAGGUGGGUCCCGUACCCCAGCUCGUCACUCCUGCCUCCCCCUUCCCACCGCACCCCAGGCUCUGAAGUGCAGUGGUCUUCUCCACCUGAGCCACCAGCAGAGCGGGGUCUUCUGCCCUCAUCCCAGCCCCCACCCACUCACUCACCCACUCUUUCCAACGAAAAGCCAGCUCCAACUGACUCUGGUCUUGGGAGGCCAGGCUUCCCGAAAGCCACUGAAGACUACUUUCAGUAGAAAAAGAAAUUGAAUAAUAAAAUCAGGAGUCAAAAUCCAUCGUCUUCAAGACCCUCUUUCUGGCCUUUUCUACUCUGCUUGGUCAAGGUUUGUGGCCCUACAACAGAACCAAGGGGCUAAAUUAGCCACCACCACUAAAACCUCAGCUCAAGUUUAUGUCACCAAUGUCCUUUUCUGUUUCCCACUGUCACCGAGUAUUCAAUCUGCCUUCAAGGAGGAAGACUGGUAUUUUUUAUUCACCUGUGGCAGAUUCCUCAUGAUGUAUCUAUCUGGUUAGGCCCUUCCCACUUUUGAUGCUGAAGUCUCUGAUAAGAAGAGAUUCUUAUCAUCUAUUAAAUGGAUUCUCAUUUGUAAA